AUGGGUUCCGAUUCCAGCUUUCCAUGCAGCAUGCAACUGCACAUCCCCUUCCCCACACCACGCCUCGCCUCCACGGCCCUCAAAGCCCUCCAGGUCGACCCGGAGCUGUCGCCCCUCGUCCAGCGAACCCUCUCCGUCGACGACGACGACGCGCAAGUGCUGCGGGUGGAGUACCGGGCCACGACGAACCGCAUGCUGCGCGUGGCCGUAAACUCCUUCAUGGAGGGCCUCAAGCUGGUCUUGGAGGUCAUGGAGCAGCUGGACGUGGACGUCUUGGCCGCGGGGGAGCAGAAGAGUUCAAUUCAAUCUCCGUGA